GAGCCCGGCUGGCGGGGAAGGGGAGGGGGUUGCGGUGGGGGCGGGGUGGGGGCCGGAGCCGCUUGAGCCGGCGGGAGCGGGCACCCCUGCGCGCCGCGCUCGGCCUCGCCUCCGCGCCCCCCCGCGCGCCCGCCGCGGUCCCUCCCCCGCGCCCGUCCGCUCGCCGGGCCCCCGCCGCCGCCCCGGGGUGCAGCCGAGCGGCCGCGCCGGGCCCCCGGGACGGGGUGGAAGUGGGAGUGGGGGGAGGGGAUCGGGGCCGGGCCGGGGCCGCGCCGCCUGCGAUGCCGGGCGCCCGCCGCAGCCGCAGCCGCUGCCGCCGGAGCCGGGGAUGGGGCGAGAGGCUGCGGCGGACGCCAGCAUCUCCCCGCCGGGGACCCCGGGGGCCGCGGAGCCGCCGCCGCCGCUGCUGCCGCCGCUGCUGAGACCCAGCGGGCGAUGGCUGUGUGUGGCUGAGCACGUCACUUAACCUCUUGAGGCCUCCAUGUUGUCAUCUGCAAAAUGGAGUCACACAUAGCUGCGUCCCCGAUGACCACCAGUAGCUGGGAUGAUACGUCGACUGCAGAGUGACCACUUUGUGUAGGCUUCCCUGUGGAUGGGUGUCAGUCAAAGGAGUGAGUCAGAUGAUGAGAGGGGAGGACAGCAGAGCAGCAGUUGUUUCUCCAGUCUCGCCGGGACUCCAGGAUCGGCCAUGUUCUGUGCCACCGCCUCUACCUGUCUCCCCAUAUGGGAUCCUGAAACCUCAAGCUGCAUUUAGUCUCAGAGUCCAGGGGAGGUGCUCACUGUCUUCUGACCCCUGAGAUGCCGACUCCCUCUGCCAUACCCCAGGGAAGGAACCAGUAGCGGAAGCUCCAGGGAAACUGAUGAAGGUCAACAGAAGGAAGAACUUCUAGCAGCCCAAAGGGAUUGGAAUGGGCGGCCCAUGGGAGUGGACAUGCAGAGGCACUGGCCUGGGGUGAAGGCUUGGAUCAAAUUCUUACUCAAAGGCCCUCUGGACCCAGGAGAGGAGUCUGCAGGCCUUGGCUGGGCCGGAUUCCCCAGAUUCUGGCCUUAGGUCCUGAAUGCCUGGAUGAAGAUGAGACGCUACAAGCUCUUUCUCAUGUUCUGUAUGGCCGGCCUGUGCCUCAUCUCCUUCCUGCAUUUCUUCAAGACCCUGUCCUAUGUCACCUUCCCCCGAGAACUGGCCUCCCUCAGCCCUAACCUGGUGUCCAGCUUCUUCUGGAACAAUGCCCCGGUCACGCCCCAGGCCAGCCCCGAGCCAGGAGGCCCCGAUCUGCUGCGUACCCCGCUCGACUCCCACUCGCCCCUGCUGCAGCCGCUGCCGCCCAGCAAGGCGGCCGACGAGCUCCACCGGGUGGACUUGGUGCUGCCCGAGGACACAACCGAGUAUUUCGUGCGCACCAAGGCCGGCGGCGUCUGCUUCAAACCCGGCACCAAGGUGCUGGAGAGGCCGCCCCCGGGACGGCCGGAGGAGAAGCCUGAGGGGGCCAACGGCUCCUCGGCCCGGCGGCCACCCCGGUACCUGCUGAGCGCCCGGGAGCGCACGGGGGGCCGGGGCGCGCGGCGCAAGUGGGUGGAGUGCGUGUGCCUGCCCGGCUGGCACGGACCCAGCUGCGGCGUGCCCACCGUGGUGCAGUACUCCAACCUGCCCACCAAGGAGCGGCUGGUGCCCAGGGAGGUGCCGCGCCGCAUCAUCAACGCCAUCAACGUCAACCACGAGUUCGACCUGCUGGACGUGCGCUUCCACGAGCUGGGCGACGUGGUGGACGCCUUUGUGGUGUGCGAGUCCAACUUCACGGCUUACGGGGAGCCGCGGCCGCUCAAGUUCCGGGAGAUGCUGACCAAUGGCACCUUCGAGUACAUCCGCCACAAGGUACUCUACGUCUUCCUGGACCACUUCCCGCCCGGCGGCCGACAGGACGGCUGGAUCGCCGACGACUACCUGCGCACCUUCCUCACCCAGGACGGCGUCUCACGGCUGCGCAACCUGCGGCCCGACGACGUCUUCAUAAUUGACGAUGCGGACGAGAUCCCGGCCCGCGACGGCGUCCUCUUCCUCAAGCUCUACGAUGGCUGGACCGAGCCCUUCGCCUUCCACAUGCGCAAGUCGCUCUACGGCUUCUUCUGGAAGCAGCCGGGCACCCUGGAGGUGGUGUCGGGCUGCACGGUGGACAUGCUGCAGGCAGUGUACGGGCUGGACGGCAUCCGCCUGCGCCGCCGCCAGUACUACACCAUGCCCAACUUCAGGCAGUACGAGAACCGCACCGGCCACAUCCUGGUGCAGUGGUCGCUGGGCAGCCCCCUGCACUUCGCCGGCUGGCACUGCUCCUGGUGCUUCACGCCCGAGGGCAUCUACUUCAAGCUCGUGUCUGCCCAGAAUGGCGACUUCCCACGCUGGGGUGACUACGAGGACAAGCGGGACCUGAACUACAUCCGCGGCCUGAUCCGCACCGGGGGCUGGUUCGACGGCACGCAGCAGGAGUACCCGCCCGCAGACCCCAGCGAGCACAUGUAUGCGCCCAAGUACCUGCUGAAGAACUACGACCGGUUCCGCUACCUGCUGGACAACCCCUACCAGGAGCCCAGGAGCACGGCGGCGGGCGGGCGGCGCCACAGGGGUCCCGAGGGAAGGCCGCCCACCCGGGGCAAACUGGACGAGACGGAAGUCUAGGGCUGCAUGAUCUGAUAGGGCUCGUGGCAGGGCCGGGGUGGCGGUGGCCCCUAGCGCUAUCUCCCUGCCUCCUGCCCGCUCCGUGGUUCUUGAGGGGACCAGGAGUGGGUGGGGAGUGGGGGUGGGGGUAGGGUUUCCCCACUGAAGCCCUUGUGAAUCAAGGGUCAGGCCUUUGAGCUCAGAAAACAUCCCUCCUGUUGGGAGAGGGCGCAGGCCGUGACGUCUGGGUGGCCCUUAUGACUGCCAAGACAGCUGUGGCCAGCAGGUGCCACUGGACUGUGCGUGGUGGUUCCUGGGUAGUGGGGGAGGGCAGGCAGGAUUGGGGAAGAGAGCCUGCAGGAUCUCACCAGGCAGCCUCUGGGGGGUGGCCAGGCCGGGAAAAAGCCCACCAUUUGGCAUCCCUGGGCCUUGGGCUCGGUGUGGGAGACCGGCCUGCCAGGAGGACCCAGGGCUCUGUAAGUAGAUGCAUUUGGGUCCAGGAGGAAGCGUGGACACCUGGGAGGAAAGAGAUGAAAAAGCCACAUCCUACCAAGAGGAGGUGCUGAGGGAUGCUUUGCAGUGUAGUCAGAAGUGCUGGGCCAGAGGGAGACAGAACUCCACCCCCUGCCGCAAAGGACAAGACCUGGCUGCCCUGGGAUGCUGGUGCCUGAGUCUGUCUCUGUGCACCCCUCAGGCUGUCGUGAGCCAACACAGGGGCCUGGAGAACCCUAAGGAGCUUUCCUUUUGGUUCCAAACCUGGCGCUGACGUUCCUUCUCCCGUUCACAUUGCUGUCUUGUGGACUGUGCACUCAGUCCUUGCAAGGCCAAGAGUCCAGUUGUAGGUGUGGCCUUGAGGGGGAAGUGGGGAGGAGAAGACUGACAUGAGGCCUCUGCACGGAUCCGUCUCCCCCUCCCCAUCACCCCUUCCUUCUGACACCCAGUCCCAGCUGUCCACUGUCCCAGGUGCAGUCACUGUUGUGCCCCUCCUUGGGGCAGGCUGGCUGGGGGCCAGGAAGGGGCCAUGAGGCUGUCUUGGGCCCAAGAAGGGACAGUAAGGCCAGUUGUAUGCUUCCUAUUCCUCAUAGCUUGCCUUGGUGGGGAUGUCUUUGUUGGAGUUGAGUCUGAGCUGCUGUGAUUAGGAGACCCUGAAAUACAGUGGUUUAAGCAAGAGGGAAGCUUGUUUCUAAUUAGUCUAGAUUGAGAUGGCCCAGAGCUGGUAGGGCAGCUCUGCGUUUCUUCAUACGCACCUUCCAAUUCUGGGUACACAGCGGCUGCUCCAGCACCCACCCUCCUGUGUGCAUCCAAACCUGGAGGAAGCAGAAGUAGGCAAGAGGGGCACACCCACUUUUUGCUAAAGGCAUGAGCCAGAAUUGGCAGGCUCAGCUCUGCUGGCCUCUCAUUGGCUGGGGCUCAGUCACAUGGCCACAAGCAGCCGCAAGGGAACCUGGGAAGUGUAGUCUUCAGCGGGGCCGCCAUGUGUCUGGCCUCACCUUGGGAGUUCUCUUAUUGAUGGAGGAGAAGAGAAUGGAUAUGGGGGACCAGUAGCAUCUCUGGAAGAGGGGGAGGGAGCAUCAAUAAUUCAUUCGUCGGAUCCAGCUCUCAUUGAGUUUCCGGAACAGCUUGCUCCUGUUUCCCUCACUGUGCAGCCCAGGGCUGGGGGCAGUGAGGAGCCUGCAGCUCUGUGGGAAGGGGAAACACCCCGUCCCCUCGGCUCCCAGACGCUACCCAAUGAUGCCGGUUUGCAGAGUUGGCCUGUGGAAUGGCUCAUGUUUGUGCGUGUGUGUGUGUGUAUAUUUAUGGGCAUGGGUGCAUGCUUGGUGUGUAUUUGUACAUGUCUGUAUUGCUGUGUCCCUGUAAAUACAUGCUUGUGUGUGGAUGGGGGAGGCCAGGCCCAGGCCUGGCCUCUUCCUCGGGCCUGUGGCCACACCUCCUGCAGCUCCCCAAAAUGACUGAGGCAGAAAGCCCUUGGGGAGCCUAGAAAGCAAAGCUAAAGGGGAUGCAGGUCUGUCUGUCUGUCUGUCUUUCAGUCUGAGGAAUGAGAAUCCUCCUGACCUGAGGGCUGUGCAGCUGAGAGCCCACUACCUCCCCAGCCCCUCUCGGCCCCAGCCGCAUCAUCCCACCCGUCCCCUCCCCCCACCUCCAGUGGGGCUUUCUCCGGAUGUCUUAUGGUUGGGGGUUUCCUGAUGGGCCAGGAGAGGAGGGCAUCUCCUUGCCACAGCUCUGUCUGGGUUAAGUGCCCAGUGAGGGCAUGGUGUGGGGAGCUGGCCUCAGAGCAGCCACUGGUGGGCAAGCGUGAAGUGGGCUGAGGGGCUCUGAGCCACUUUGCUCCCAUCCAGGGGACUGCCCCCCAUGGAACUCCUCCUUUGAAGUCACAGCAGCCUUCCUUUCUGUUUCCUCUUGGGGUCGAGAGGUGGCUCAAAAUCUCGGGGUCCCUGUGGCUCUGGGUCAAUCCAGGCCAGGCUGCACCCCACAGACAGGGAGUCUCAGGGCUCCUGAUCAUGCCCAGGCCCUGGCCUGGGGCCUCCCUCCUUGGCAGCUUUCUCACCCCCACGCCCCUGACACCCUCAGUUGCUGUGGGAUGCCCUCCAGGGCACCGGCUCAGGGCUAAGGGAAGGAAGAUAGGAGCAGCUCAGAGCUGCCAGGCUCUGCCUUCCUCACAGACCUAGUGGGGCAGGGCCUGUUCACAGCAGCAGCAGUGAAGGUCUGGCCAUCAGUGGAGAGGAAAGCUGUCAGAGGGGUGGGGGCCGGGGCGCGGGAUUGAAGAGUUUCACAUAUCACAGCAUACACUGGGAAUUUGGUGGGGGCAGACGAACCCAGGGCCACUCCCUCAAUAUGAAGGGAAACCAAGCUGAAUGUGACCACAGGCACACUGCUGCCAUGUCCCAUGUCCACAUUUCUUCGUGGGAAUAACUGGCUCUGAGACCCCUAGACCCAAGGAGGCCUGUCCAUGCCAAGCAUCCAGGAAGCAUGGCUGGUCUUGUCCACCCAUGGGUCACGUUGGUUCCCAGGGGCAGCACGGGAGAGCUUUGGGGGCAACAGGGAAAGUCUGGGUGGGGAGACAGGACUUGUCCAAGCAGAAGGCAGGACCCUGGGAAAUGUAUAAUGUAAGGACAUCAAUAAUAGUAUUAUUUUUUUUGUAAGGGAAAAUCAAUAUGUACAUUCUGAAAUCAUUUUCUCUGUAAAUGGUUGGAUUUCAUUUCACCCUUAAAGGGAUGCUUAAAGGAGAAGAUAGUAUUAAUAAUAAAAACAGCUACAAAGUCUGAA